AUGUCGUCAAACUAUUCAAAUGUGGUGGGAGGUAAAUUAAAGUUAAAGGGAUCGGUCCCUCUAACACCUUCACACGACCUAAAGAAGAAGAAAAAGAAAAAGAGUUCUUCAAGUAGUAGUAGUUUAAAACGAGAGGAAAAGAAGAGACAUCAAGAAGAACAAGAAUUAGAAGACCACGAAUCAAAUAAUACUAAUAACAAUGAAAAAGAAGAGAAAAUAUAUACAGAAUCGGAAUUAAGACAUCGAAAGUUACAAGCAAGAAUAGAGGAAAAAAGAAUCAAAGAGAUGAUUAAAAUGUCUCACAAGGAAAAGGUUGAAGAUUUUAAUAAGAAACUUAAUCAAUUAUCUGAACAUCAUGAUGUUCCAAAGGUUGGACCAGGUUAA